UUCGUACCGAGGAUCUUUACUAUUUAUAAACCUCUUUCCGGGCAAAAUUCGAUUUGCUUCUUCCAAUUCUGGUCGUUUUCGGUUUCUUUAUGUUUUUGAGUUGGGUACGUACUUGUCUUGCCGGUGGUGCCGAAUAAUGAUGGUAAGGGACAGACAUAAUUCCAUUAGGGAACUUGCAUGGAAUGUAGAAGUAGCCAUAUGGAGUUUACAUGAGGGCGAAGGAGAGUAUCCUCGCCAACUAGAUCAGAAGAUGCUGGUAUGUGCCUAUGAAUCGCACAUUUCAUGCCUUUCGAGUUCCGACCGCGGCAUCAGACGGAAGGAAUAAAGUAUGUUAUGGAGCAGAGAAGGGCGAGUUCCCCCCAAAAACGCCUGAGCAUGUGCCUUUUCCGCCCAUUCCCC